AUGGCAUCUGCAGUUUUUAUUCUUGACCUCAAGGGCAAAGUGCUCAUCUCACGAAACUAUCGCGGUGACAUUCCAAUGAGUGCUGUCGAAAAGUUCAUGCCUUUGGUAUCCGAGGCUGAGGACGAGCAGGUGCCUUUGCCGUGUUUUACCCAUGAUGGCAUCAGUUAUCUCUAUCUCAAACACAGCAACCUUUACUUGUUGGCUCUUACAAGGAAAAACACCAAUGCAGCUUCGAUCAUGCUUUACCUUCACAAGCUCACACAAGUGUUUUCCGAAUAUUUCAAAGAGUUGGAGGAAGAAUCGAUUCGAGACAACUUUGUUAUUGUUUACGAGCUGUUGGAUGAAAUGAUGGACUUUGGUUAUCCACAAACGACCGAGACAAAGAUCUUGCAAGAAUACAUUACUCAGGAUGCAUACAAGUUGGAAGUACAAGUUCGACCCCCUAUGGCUGUCACCAAUGCUGUAUCUUGGCGUUCAGAAGGCAUCAAGUAUAAAAAGAAUGAGGUGUUCCUGGAUGUCAUUGAAAGCGUCAAUUUAUUGGUGAAUGCAAAUGGCAAUGUGCUUCGUAGCGAAGUGCUUGGCGCUGUCAAGAUGCGAUGUUAUCUCUCAGGGAUGCCGGAGUUGCGAUUGGGAUUAAACGAUAAGGUUAUGUUUGAAGCUACUGGACGAGCAAGCAAUGCGGCAAAGGCCAUUGAAAUGGAAGAUGUCAAGUUUCAUCAAUGCGUACGCUUGUCACGAUUCGAGAAUGAUCGCACAAUCAGCUUUAUUCCUCCAGACGGCGACUUUGAGUUGAUGAGUUAUCGGUUACAAACUUCUGUCAAGCCAUUGAUAUGGGUGGAAGCUGUCGUUGAGACAUACUCGGGUUCUCGUGUGGAAUACCUCGUGAAAGCUAGAGCCCAAUUCAAGCGAAAGAGCUCUGCUAAUAACGUCGAAAUCGAAGUACCCGUACCUGACGAUGCCGAUACACCCAAGUUCAAGAGCACAAGCGGAUCGGUAUCAUAUAAACCUGAAAGAUCGUGUCUGGUUUGGAAGAUCAAGCAAUUCCAGGGUGGUAAAGAACUCAUCUUGCGUGCUCAUUUUGGAUUACCGUCGGUCCAAGCAGCUGAAGAAACGGAGCGAAAACCACCUAUCAAUAUCAAGUUUGAGAUCCCUUAUUUCACUGUAUCCGGUAUCCAAGUACGGUAUCUCAAGAUUGUAGAAAAGAGUGGUUACCAGGCACUUCCUUGGGUACGAUACAUUACGCAGAACGGAGAAUACCAAAUGAGGAUGCCUGAAAGUAUUAAGCAAAACAAGCAUAUCCAGGAUUACUAG